AUGUGGACUUUACAUUUUCUCUGCAGAAAGGCCAAUCGUUUGUUUGAGAAAAAUGCAGCUCCCAUUUUACACUUGGCUGGUAUGGAGGUCAAAAUUGUGAAGACUGAUUAUGAAGGCCAGGCAAAAAAGCUCAUGGAAUUGAUGUAUCAAACAGAUAUGCUGAUCAUUGCUGGUGGUGAUGGGACAUUACAGGAGGUACAAAGUAUCUUCAUAAAAUGGGAUUAUUGAAAAGGUCUUCUGCGCAGAGCUGAUGAGGAGACCUUCAGUAAAAUACCAAUUGCUUUCAUUCCUCUGGGUUGCAGUAACCCUCUGAGUCAGAGUCUACAUCUAGAUUCUAACAAUAAAGUACAGCACAUUACCUCAGCAACCCUGUCAAUACUGAGAGGAGAAACUGUUCCACUGGAUGUUCUGCAGAUAAAAAGUGAGAAGGAGCAGCCAGUGUUUGCUUUGUUAGGCUUACGUUGGGGUGCAUUCAGAGAUGUCGCUUGUUCUAUUAGCAAUUAUUGGUACCUUGGCCCUUUGCAUCUUAAUAUUGGAUUGAUCACAAUAUCUUCUCUCCUACAGCAGUGGCCACAGACUCAACAGACCUCCCUCUCCUAUCUGGCUCCUGUACCUCGUCCACCUGACCUUCCCACUGAAAUACCACCCCGGCCGAACCUCCUCUACCGCAUCUACCGCAGACUCAAGAACUACUGGAAUCCUCCUAUACAAGAGCCACCGAAAGAUCCUGAGCCAGAGCGAUGGGAGAACAAAGACAUUUCCACAUUGGAGCUUACAGUUAGCACACACAAUAAGAACCCUGUCAAGAGAUGUGAGGCUGAUUCUAUGCUGAUAACUCUGGACCCAGACUCCCUCACAGCUGGUCAGUUCGUCACUGAGGGAACUAAGAAAGCAUUGAACCCGAUGGAGUCUGUAGAAAAUGCUUUGCAGAUAGAAGCCAAUGCUGCUUGUCUCAGUCUCCCAGAGGAGGGCGCCGGCUUUUAUGACAUUGACAAUGAGGAAUAUGAGGCAAUGUCUGUGGAAGUGAGACUGUUGCCACGGAAACUGAGGUUCUUUUGCAGUGCAGAGCCCAGAGAGCAGCUUGCACAGGCUCAAUGAUGACCGUGCCGAGAUGAUGGUUGUGUAAAAGUGUGGAGAGGAGCCUGACAAAACUGGAAAACAUACCGGUUACACCAAAGAGUGGAGUCAAAUGAACAUUGAGUUGUCAUAAAGGUCACCAUACUCCAACUGAACAAUUUGUGUUCUAUGGACCUUAAUGAAAAGGCAGUUAAAUUGUCAUUUUGAUGGUUUUUCAACAGCAUGGAUGAGGUUAUUAACAUAUUACAAGCAUAAAGACUAGUUCACUUUUAAUUGUUUGUUGUUUUUUCCAAAAACGUAAUAUUAUCAUGAUUCAUGAAGAUUGAAGAUGGCUCAAGAGCUUGCUUAAGAAACUCAAAGCAAUACAUGAUACUGUAAGUGUGACCAGAUAAGGA